AUGUUUCUUGGUGAUAGUGAUGGAGAGAGGAGGAGUCUUGUAAUGUAUUUCAAAGUUUCUGAGAAUAUUAAUAAAGACAUCUCUCCUCAAUUGCAAGACAGCAUCAAGAAAAUGGUUGACGAUGAGACGGAAAAAGUUAAAGGAUUCAAAAAGGACUCCACUAUACCUUUCAGAGAAAGACUAAAGAUCUUGACUGGGGUGGUAAAUCCUAAAGAUCUCGGUCGGAGUUCUGUUGAGAAGAAGCUUGUACGUGCAUAUAAUGACAAACGAGUUCUUUCACGCCCCCGUUACAAUUUUUACAAGGGUCCAAACUACUUUGAGAUUGAUCGGGACAUUCAUCGCUUCAGCUACAUAUCAAGGAAGGGAAAGCUGAGCCUUGAGAUAAUGAUUCAAUUAGACAUGAUUGAGACAACGAAGUCACAUGAAUUCGCUCAGGCUGCUUUUCGUGGAUAUAAGUCUCUGAACCGUAUUCAGAGCCGCAUAUUUCGUACUGUUUAUUACACUAAUGAAAAUAUACUAGUUUGUGCUCCAACAGGAGCUGGCAAAACCAACAUAGCUGUGAUUUCUAUUCUACAUGAGACACAUUACAGAGGUAUCUGUUUACACCAUAAUCAACCGAGCAUAUCCAGUCUCAAAACAACUAGCACCAAGGCAGACACGCCUUCUCUCCUGCCGAAGGAAGACACUCUUCCGAGGUGCCAAGCACCUGCCGAAACUCCCGACUGCCAAAGCUCACAAACUGUUAAACCUAAUUCUCAUGACACGUGUCACCACCGCGGCGACUUGCACAGAGUCCCACAUCGGAAAUCUACACCAACCUCCCACUUUCACUUCCCUAUAAAAGGGAACAGUACCCUAGUAAGAGGGGGAACUACUUUUCUGCCUUUUACUAUUACUCUGCAAAAGUUACCCUUCUUAGCUGACUUAAGCAUCGGAGAGCCUUCGGCCGGCACCACACCGGUGCCCGGAGCUUGA